AUGUGUACACUACAAAAAGGAAUAGUCGACGCAGAGGAGAAGAACAAAAACCUUCAGAAACAGAUGGACAGUAUGAACAAAUUUUCAAAAGACAUGCAAACAGAGAUGACGAAGCUAAAAAAUAUUCAUGCCGAUAUGCUGAAAACCAUUAGUCUUUUGGAAGAAACAAACAAUGCAUACUCAAGGAAAAUAGGCGAAUUAGAAGAAAGAGCAAAAGAAGACAGGUGUCGAUUGUCGGAGAACACUGAAGGAAAUGCCAACGAUCAACAGAAUGUAUUAGACACUAGGGAUAAACAGCUGAGGACGACUGAGGAAAAUGUAUCUUUGUAUGAUGAACUUUUUAAACAAUCCAGGACAGUGCGAAGACUUCCAAGAAUCUGCUCAUUGUGGGCAAUCAAUUGGCCAGAAACUGCGCUAGAGUCUUACAUAAUUCAAUGA